AUGGUAAAGAAUAUAGCAGGAAAUAAACCUAAACCUUUGGUAUUUAGAGAUACAAUAUCAUCUCCUUAUGACACUGGAGAUCAAUUUAAUGUUUUAGAUGAAAAUGUAGCAAAUCAAAUAGUAGAGGAAUUGCAAUCUGUUUAUAGGGAUGACUUGAAUAUAAAGAUGAAAAAGAAAUCGAUGGCAGCGACUCUACAUAAAGAUAUAUUGGAAUUUCAACAUAAACUGAACACACUCUACGUCAAGAAUAAAAAGUGUGUUGCAAACAUUAAGAAACGAAAGAGAGAUACACAGUCGUCGAAAGAAGAGCCUGUCACUAGUGAUACCGUCUUGAAAGAGAAGGAGAAUGAAUUACAACAGAUUAGAAACGAUAUGAAACCUAUCAAAGAGCGUGUGACUACACUUACCAAACAGAAGAAGUCAGCGAUCAAACAACUCGAAGAACAACUAAACAAAGAGAGGCAAACACCAUCGAUUCAACCAUAUAUAGUUAAAGGUAUAAAUGAAAUAACAAAAUCACUCGAAAAGCUACCUAUUACAUUUAAACAACAAGAACAGCAGCAGCAACAACAAUUAUAUGAUAUAAAGAUAAUAAUAAUAUGUUCACAAUUGGCUAGUCAAGGUGGUAAUGUUAUGAUAGAACAUAUACCGAUGAUGGCUACGAUGCGUAAUAUUCCAUAUCUCAUACUACCUAAUAGCUGUUACAAUUCAUUGAGAAGUGCUUUGGGAAUACAUUCACUGAUGGCAAUUGCAAUUAGAACACCAUCUUCAACAGAAACUCCACAAUCACUACAGAAACUAUUACAACUCACAAACGAUGCAUUCAACGCUACAAAGAAACUACAAUUCCCACUUAUAGGUAGACCUCUAUCUCUUCUUCCAACUACAAAUGAUAAUAAUAAUAAUAAUAAUAGUAAUAGUAAUAAUAUUAAAAGAAGGAAAUAA